GUACGUCAUUAUACCGGAGGAAUGCAAAACAUUGAAUACACAGUCCUUGAAAUUACGAGAGCUACCAGAGGACGUUUUACCGGGCGAGAGCCCGAGGAGCAUAUGUGUAUGCUGUACUGGUUACUUAACCGAUAAAGUAUGUUUAAACAAUGAUAAGUGGAACUGGAGUCUGUACGAAU